UUUUACCUCCCUCACAACAUAUAAUCAAUCAUGUCUGAUGCUCCUAUUGAAGUCGAGGUCGCCGCCGACACCACCUCUCGCGGUCAGAUGUCUGUUGAGGAGGCUCUCCAGGACGUUUUGAAGCGUGCCCUUGUUCAUGAUGGGCUUGCUCGCGGUCUCCGUGAGUGCGCCAAGGCUCUUGACAGACGCCAGGCCCACAUGGCUGUCCUCGUUGAGACCUGCACUGAGAAGGAAUAUAUCAAGCUCGUUGAGGCCCUCUGCGCUGAGCACAACAUCAACUUGAUUAAGGUCUCUGAUGCCAAGAAACUCGGAGAGUGGGCUGGUCUCUGCAAGAUUGAUCGUGAGGGCAAUGCCCGCAAGGUCGUUGGCUGCUCCUGCGUCGUUGUCAAGGACUUUGGUGAGGAGUCCGAGGCCAUGAACGUUCUCCUCGAGUACUUCAAGACCCGCUAAAGAAAAAGAGUUUUUAUUUUUUAUUUUUGAGUAGCUGUCCUUCCUCUAAAAAAAAGCAAAUACAGACUCUUGUUUUAAAUUA